AUGGACUACGCACACUAUCUCGCGCUAUAUUAUUACAUCACCGAAGGGACUUACCCAAGGGAUAUGAAUGACAACAAACUCAAACGCCGUAUUCGAAACAAGGCAGCCAAGUAUCUUCCAUAUCGAGGAAAGUUAUACAUCAAGAAUAAAGACGAUAGUUUUGGACAAGAGGUAUUGCACUCUGGCAAUGUUAUGGAGACGAUCAAGAAGGUGCAUCGGGAAGGGCACAUGGGUAUCAAUAACACGUGGCGUCGUAUGCGGUUGCAGUAUGAAGGCUAUCAAUUGUAUGAUCGUGUACGAGAGUAUGUUGAAGCUUGUGAACAAUGCCAAUUGAGAGCACGAAGGAGACAUGUACGACAUGAAGAGGCGCACCCUAUUCCUACUCCAUCUCGACCUUUUUAUAUGAUUGGCUGUGACGCUGUUGGCCCUAUCAACCCACCAAGCAAGAAUGGCAACCGUUACUUACUUGUGGCAGUCGAUUACUUAACAAGAUGGCCAGUGGUGGCAGCUGUGCCGAAUAUCAGUGAGCAGACAACAGCGGCAUUCUUGUUCAAUUGUGUGGUGAAGGAUUUUGGCGUUCCCUCUUAUAUCUUGACUGAUCGCGGAGCAAACUUCAAGUCGGAUUAUGUACAUUCGUUUUUAAAAUGGAUGGGAUGUAAACCACUUACGACAACAGCAUUUCGACCGCAAGUGAAUGGACUUUGUGAGAGGAUGAAUCAAACGGUGGUGGAAGUAUUGUCGAAGAUAUCACAGGAUCAAGGCAUGUUGCAACAAUGGGAUGAAUGUUUGGCAGCCACGGUACUCGCAAUACGAAGCACACCAAAUGACGCAACAGGAUUCAGUCCAGCAAUGCUGCUAUAUGGAUACGAUAUAAGAACACCUGCAACGUGGCCUGAGCCAAGGAAGGAUUUUAUUGAAGGACGUUUGGCGGAUGAAAUUACAAGUCGGGUCAAGGUUAUCAAUGGGAUUAUGCAUGAACAUCGUGAACUUUCUCGGCAACGGACACAGCACAAGCAGCAACAACGUAAGGAGCGCUAUGAUCAACAUGUGGUGAAGAAACGUUUUCAAGUUGGCGACCAGGUUUUGAUGUUGGAUAAAUACAAGCCUCACAAGUUGGCGAAUCGCUGGAUUGGGCCUAUGGUUGUUAUACGAGUCAAUGAGCGUGGCACUUACUGGUUACAAGGACCUGGAGGAAAAAGACUUGAAGGAGCGGUGCAUGGUGACCAGCUGAAGAAUUGGAAAUCGCGUGACAAGUUGGUACCUGAUGUUGUGGCACAAAGAGCGGAUAAGCAAUUACAAGCAUUCAUUGAACGACAACGUUUGGAUCGGUGA